CAAAUUUGAUCUGGGUUCUUGGAGAUAUUUGCUGCUGAGGAAGAGUCGAAUCCCUUUUGAUUUGAGAGUCGGUCUCUUUGUGGUUCUUGAUUUCUGGGAAAUACUCAAAGACUGUCCUUUUAGUUCUGAUCUGGGAUCUGUAUUUAUGGUUUUGCUUUCCUGAAUUGAGGCUUCUGUUUUGGACUGUAAUAGAAUUGGUGGAUUUCUGCUUUCUUCUUGUGCUGUAAUUGAUUUGAUUUGUGGGUUGUAAGAAUUUGAGGCCAUAAAUAUUCUGAGAUUUGUUUGAUGGCUGGGGAUGAAUUGGUUGAGCUCAAAUUCAGGCUUGCUGAUGGAAGUGACAUUGGACCAAGCAAGUAUAAUUCUAGUACAACUGUGACAUCUCUUAAAGAAAGGAUUAUUGCACAGUGGCCCAAAGACAAAGAGAAUGGGCCUAAAUCAAUAAAUGAUAUCAAACUCAUCAAUGCGGGAAGGAUACUCGAAAAUAACAGAACAAUUGCUGAAUCACGACUUCCUCUCAGUGAAGUUCCUGGAGGUGUUAUCACAAUGCAUGUUGUUGUGCGGCCUCCGCUUCCAGACAAAAAUAGCGAUAAAUUGCAGGAUAAUUCACAGAAGAAAGGCGGAUGCUUCUGCUCCAUCUUGUAGCCUAUGCCACAGAAUAGAGCUUCUCCAAAUUCUUUUCUGCUUCCAUAUAUGUUCGCAUUACAGGUUCUGGAUUGCAUUUAUACAUGUUAAUAGAUUCAAAAACAUCAUCACAUAAUGGACUUGCUCGUCUGUCUGUUUCCAUCAUAGUGUUUUGUUCAGUGCUUUGUUCUCGUGGGCCGACGGAGAAACACCGUGCAGUUCUGUGACAUUUCAGAAGAGUAGAUGGGAAACAAUGAUUUGGUAUUUAAGCAAAAUUCAGAUUGAGUACUCAUAGAACCCAAAUUCAGCACGGAGCACCGAACAAAUCAAAUGGGAAAAACACUGCAAAAACAUGUCUUAUUUGUGGUUGAAUUGUAUUGUUUAUAGAUGAUUCUUGACAACGACAAUCUGUGUGAACCUUAAAGCUUUAUUGUGUAUGCAUAAUCAUAUUUGCCAACGGUGUCCGCAAUGCAGCACGGAAAUGGGGUUGUUCGAUAUCAAAGGACUUGUUUCAUAUUCAUUAUAGCUGAGUCUAUGGAGCCUCAGUGAUCCUACAUUGCUGAGUGGAAGGGUUGUCAAUGAAUGGAUGAAAAGUCGAUCUUCUCCAAGAGAUCACGCUCUUUGAAACCAGGAUCUUGGCUCUUUGCCAUCUGGGGUUUCUAGUAUGUACACUAGCAGCUGUUGAAGCUACGAGUCCUUCCGUGAUAAGUUCUAUAUUGCGGUUCAGAGCUGGAGAAGAUCACAUCCAAUUUCGCGUCAAGGUUCUCUCAUUGAAAGCUGUAUAAUCUGUUAGUUGCCCAAACCAUGGAACCUUGCUUUGUGGUUCUUUUUGUUCCCCCUUUCUUAGCAAAGUUUAGACGUCGUUUGCCUGUUUGACUUGAACAAUAGAAGCGAUGCUGCGUGGUGGAAUUGCAGGUCUCAAUGAAAAUAGAGUGUCGAGUGGCGGCGUUCACUAGCCGGAGAUGGCAUUUGGGUAUGAUGUACAACACAAGGGUGCAAGUGAGUAGAGCUCAAUAAGAGUUUUGAGUCUUGAUAUUUGAUCUGACAUUGAUGGUCAAAAGUUAGUUUGAAUUUUCAAGGUGUGUAGUUGAACCUCUAAGUUUCUCAAAAUAUCUAUAAGAAGUUAGACACCUUAUUUGGUAC